AUGGAGCACACGGGCAUCGAGGAGGUGAACCAAACUCACCAGCAGCAGCAGCAGGCGCCGCCGCCGCACGAGCCUAUCAGUUUCGGCAUCGACCAGAUCCUCAACAGCUCGGACAUGUUGCCCAACCGGACCGGAGAGCCGGAGUACGCCGCGCUGGCCGCCGCCUCCAACGCCGUCUACGGCAACGGGUACGGCGGAGUCUACAACCCGGCCUGCUCCAUGGGCCUGGGGGGUUCCUACAACGUUAACAUGAACAUGAAUGUCAGCAUGAACAUGAACGUCAACGUCAACUCGGCGGCGGCGGGAGGGGGAGCGCCCGCGGGGGCCGGUGGGGUGAUCCGGGUCCCCGCGCACAGGCCCAUGCCGCCGCCUCCACCGCCGCCGCCCAACUCGGCGGCGGGCGGUGCUCAUCAGCCGCCGCCCGGUCUUGGCCCGGUGCCGGGCAUGGGGCAUGUGGGCAAUGGCAACUUUACCUUCCCUUGGAUGGAGAGCAGCAGGAGGUUUGCCAAGGACAGACUGACAGGGGAGCAGGCAGAGGAGAGCCGAACACGAGAGGCCGCAGGGGCCCCGGGGGCCGGGCCCCUCUGCGCUCUCCCCAAGGGGGACAUCGGAAGGGUCCCCGUCUGGAGCACGGUGGAGACCUUAGCUAAAUGCUAUUACCCCGAGCUCGCACACCUGCGAGACGGUAAUGGCCUCCUCGCAGACUAUUCCUUCCCAAAGGGGGCUUGCCCAGCCGCCCUGUCGCCUUUCUCCGUGACCCGCCGCAUCGGGCACCCGUACCAGAACCGAACGCCACCCAAGAGGAAAAAGCCCCGCACGUCUUUCAGUCGGGUGCAGAUCUGCGAGCUGGAAAAGCGCUUCCACCGGCAAAAGUACUUGGCGUCGGCCGAGCGGGCCACCCUGGCCAAGGCCCUCAAGAUGACGGACGCCCAAGUCAAGACGUGGUUUCAGAACAGGAGGACAAAAUGGCGGAGACAAACAGCAGAGGAGCGAGAAGCCGAGAGGCAGCAGGCCAAUCGUCUCAUGCUUCAGCUACAGCAGGAAGCCUUCCAGAAGACCUUGAGCCAACCCCUGCAGCCCGACCCACUCUGCCUGCACAACUCCUCUUUGUACGCCCUGCAGAACCUCCAGCCCUGGGCGGAUGACAAUAAGGUGACGUCCGUCACCUCCGUGGCAUCUGUCGUGUGA